AUGGCAUCCUUUGCACCAUCACAAGCCACCUCUUCCACGAGUGGAAGGAGGUUCACUUUCUCAUCCACCUACUCUUCUUCCUUCUCUUUUAAGUCAUCUCAAGUUCCCAUAGCCAGAAUCUCCAAACAUCGCCAUGCAGUUUCAUGCAAAACCCUAGAUGAUGAUCACCACCACCAUACAAACUCCAGCAAACUUGAUAGGAGAAACGUCCUUUUAGGCCUUGGAGGUCUUUAUGGUACUGCUGCCAACUUUGGGUCUAAUUCACUGGCCUUUGCAGAUCCGAUCAUGGGACCCGACCUUAGUCAAUGUGGUCCAGCUGACUUACCCCAAGGGGCUGUACCUACAAACUGUUGCCCUCCAUACAACACAAAGAUUAUCGAUUUCAAACUUCCACCACAGUCAAACCCCCUCCGUGUUCGACCAGCUGCACAUUUGGUUGAUAAAGACUACAUAGACAAAUUCAGUAAAGCUAUCGAACUCAUGAAAGCUCUCCCAGAUGACGAUCCUCGUAGUUUCAAGCAACAAGCUAAUGUUCACUGUGCCUAUUGUGAUGCCGCUGGGAUGAAAAUCCCUGAUAUUUACACAGAUAAGAAUUCUCCGUUAUACGAUUCUCUUCGCGAUGCGAAACAUCAACCACCGACUGUGGUUGAUCUUGACUUCAAUGGUGUCGACAACAAUCUUAGCCCCUCUGAACAAACGUCCACAAAUCUCACAAUUAUGUAUAGACAAAUGGUGUCUAAUGCCAAGACUGCUAGUCUUUUCAUGGGUAGUCCUUAUCGUGCAGGUGAUGACCCUAGCCCUGGUGCUGGCUCACUCGAGAGCGUGCCACAUAACCCGGUUCAUAUCUGGACCGGUGAUAGGAACCAGCCAAAUGGUGAAGACAUGGGUAACUUUUAUUCUGCAGGCAAAGACCCAAUUUUUUUUGCACAUCAUGGGAAUCUCGAUAGAUUGUGGUCAGUUUGGAAAACACUAGGUGGAAGAAGGAAGGAUUUUACUGAUAAUGACUGGCUUGAUUCUUCAUUCUUGUUUUACGAUGAGAACGCUGAGUUGACACGAGUCAAGGUGAGGGAUUGUGUCGACUCCAAGAAUAUGAAUUACGUGUAUCAAGAUGUUGAGUUACCAUGGUUAGAAAGCAAACCUGUUCCACGACUGCAAAGGGCUUCCAGAAACAUCAAGAAGCGCGCCCAUGAACGCAUACCCUUUGCAAAAGAUGUUUUUCCGGCGAGUCUUGAUAAGGUGAUCAAAGUGCUGGUUCCAAGGCCAAAGAAAUCAAGGACCAAGAAACACAAAGAGGAGGAAGAAGAGAUUUUGGUUAUCGAAGGGAUUGAAGUGAAGAGAGAUGAGUUUGUGAAGUUUGAUGUGUUGGUGAACGAUGAAGAUGAUGGGACCCGGGCCACAGCGGCUAAAACGGAGUUCGCCGGAAGUUUUGUGAGUGUCCCUCAUAUGCAUAAGCAUGAGAAGAAUGGGAAGACGAGAUUGAGGUUAGGGAUAACUGAUCUUUUGGAGGAUUUGAAGGCUGAAGAUGAUGACAAUGUGUUGGUGACAUUGGUGCCCAAAACUAGUGGUGGUGAUAUUUCCAUUGGAGGGAUCAAAAUCGAGCAUGAAGAAUAA